AUGUCGCGAGAAUCCGAAGUGGCCAGUCGUAAACGCAAGGCGGCCCCCGCUUCCUCGACAUCGCCUCCAGUGAAGAAGCCCAAAAAGAUCACCGGUCCUCCGCCUCGUUCCCAGCCUUUCAUACGCCGCCACGAGUUAUCCAAGAACCCGCCCAUGUCUAUGUACUGGGGUGCGGCCAACCAGUAUCAUCUAAAGCCGUUGUUUGAGAGCAACGGCGAUGUUUUCAAGAAGCUUCCUAAGCUCGCCAAAAAGCACCCCUAUUUUCCGGAUCUUAUAACCGAUAGGCUGCACGCUGAUAGGCAGAAGCCUGUGGACGGAUUCGACACCACCAAGAAGCAUUUCGACGCUGCCCACGCAAAGGUUGAGCGGGCCGUGGAGAUCACGGAAGAGCAAGCAACCCGGAUGGCACACGUGGGAAGAAUGCCGGUCGAAGAGGCGCAGGCUUGCCACAAAUGGGUGGGCCAGGUCGGAACAAUGACUGACAUCGGCUAUCACGGAAGGAUGAAGAAUUACGAUGCGUUUCAGGAUGCUUUGAAGAAGGUCAGUGACCUGGCCAAGAAGGCGGAGAAGACCGUUGAGGAGGUGAAGGAGCACGCGAAGAAAUGGACGAUGGAGUUUAUCGCCCAGAGGAAGGCCUGGGACGAAGAAGAGGUGGAAUACGAAGACGCUGAAGAGGAGGUUUUUGAGGACGAGGGUGAAAGCUUUGCAGACAAGAUGGAAGAGAUGAGAGCUCGGGUAAUGAUUGAUCGGGGCUUCUCAUGUCGUUGCUGUCAACUGUCCAACGGCGUCUUCUUCCCAUCCAGUUUUCAAAGGCCGCGUUUUAUUUCAGGGUCGUUUGUGCAAUCACAGGUGGUGAACCAUCCGCACACUACAGCUAUGUCGUUACUCAUCAUCCACAUGUCUCUUGUAAUUGCCUGUAGGGUAGCCCUAUUAAAAGUACUCGUUCUCAGGCCCCGUAUUCUUCCCAAUCUCCCAGCACGAGGUACCCUCCAGCUAUAUCUUCCACACAUCUAG